ACUUAAAACAAUAUUAAACAUAAAUGCAAUGUAAAAUAUUAAAAACAAAAUAGAAAAGAAAACAAGAAAAAUUAAAAAAAAAAAGAAAAAAUAUUUAAAAUAUUUUACUUAGUGCACUGAAUAUAAGUUUACAUACAUAUGUAUAUGCAAUGUAAAGGAUAAAAUAGUAAAAAAAUAAAAUUCAAAACUUUUUUUUGAUUAAAUUUUUUUUUUUUUUGCAUUUUGGUUAAAAACGAAUGCACUUUUCAAAAAACGAACAAAGGUAAAUCGAACAGAGCGCGUAAAAUAACAAGCAUUGUAAUUUAUACAAAACAUACAUAUGUACAUGCAUAUACACAUAUCACGAAUUCAAUAAAUAAAAAUGUGAAUUUUAAAAAUUAAUAAGAAAAUUUAUUUUUGUUAAUAUUAAAAAAAUAUAAUAUGCACAAAACUAUUUAAUUUUUUUUUUCAACAAGAAAAUGUAAAAUAUUUCUAAAAUAACACAAGUUAAUUCUACUAGACGUGUGAUUUGUUAAUUACAGUGAUUAAAAUACAACUAAGUAAAGGAUAAAUUAAUUGAAAUUUAAUGCAAUUUUUCAAAAUUCAAAAUAUGUAUAUGUACAUACAUACAUACUCGGAUUACAUUCUCUAGUGCUUCCCCAGUAAAAAAAUUUAAUUACAGAAUCGUAAUGGAAACUAAAUUGGAAAGACAAAGUCAAUUUCCGGCAACAUUUCCGGAUACAUUUAAAGACUUUUUCGCAAUGAUGAAUGAAGAUGAAGACCACAUUGAUUUAUUUUCAAAUCUUUUGGAAGAUAAGGUAAUACCACGAAAUAAUAAAUAUCCUCACAGACGUUGUGGUGGUAGUUUACGUUGUACAAAUACAAAUACUGUUAAUGUUGGAAGAUCCAGUUCAUUUCGAGUGAAUAGACCAAGUACCGCAAAUUUCUGUAGGCAUGUUAAAUAUUGUUGUCUUCAUCAAAAGCAUCAUUCACAAAAUUUUUUGGAUUACCAUCGUUGUCAAGAGCAAAAUAAAGAGCAUGGCGAAGAUGAAGAUGAUGAUGGUGAUGAUGGAGAUGGCUUAACAAAAAUUCAUAGAAUCAAAAAUCAUCCAAGAAAAGUUUCAAAUCAUUCUCUUGAUUACAAAAAUAAUAGUGAUGACAAUGAUACAAUUAUAAAUAUCAUAUCAUCAACUCCUUGUAUCCCCUAUGUUGGCUUACGUCGUUUAACACAACAACAGCAACAGCAAAAACAGCAAUAUCAUAAACAACAGGAACAACAAUAUCAUGAUUUACAACAACAACAACAACACCACCACCAACAACAACAAUUUUAUUCUCACCAUCAAUUAAACAAAACGAAUGCUUUUCAUUCAAAAGAGAAUUUACCAAGAAUAGCUCAACAACAAUGUGGGUUAAGAGAGGCUGUAAGUGGAAGUACUUUAAAUUUAGAAGGAUGUAUGACGACAGCAAUAUCAUCAGCAAUUACUGAAACAACAACAUCAAAUGUUGAUGGUGCUGUUGGUAUAACUGGUGUAGCAUCUGCAUCUGUUGUCAGUAGUAGUAGUAGUAGAAAUUCACCAACCGUUAGUACUGCUAAUCGUUCGGGAAAUUUUUUAGUUAAUGAAUCAGGUGGUAAUAUAACAUCACAGCAAAUUAAUAAAAUGAAUCGGCAAGAAUUUAUUGAUAAAAAAUUAAAUACAUCGCGCUCAAAUAAUAUUAUGCCACUCAAGUCUCCAGUAUUAAAUCGAAGAAGGGCAUCUUCUAUUGCAGCAACGCUUUUAGCAACUGAUAGUAGAAUUUUUCGUAAUGCAGAAGAUUUUAAUCCUUCUUGGUCACAUAAUGUUUCUGGCAGUGCAAGGGAAAGAUUAGCACAUGUCAAAUCUCCGGUGCACACGACACCUGGUAGUGUAAAAUUAAAACCUAAUUUUUCUAAUGCUGGUGGAAUAAGUGGGAAUAUUGAUGGUAUUGAUGGCAAUUCUCUUACAUUUAAACAAGCAAUUGUAUCCCCACAAAAUUUAACAUCACCGAAUUUUCGACUAAAUGAUUUUCAAAGUGAAAAAACGAUUUUAAAUUCAUCAAAUUCAACAAAUGCUAUAUCAAUAAGUGGAAUUGGUUCUCCAUCACCAAAUACAACAAAAGUAGAACAUUUUCUUAGUGGAAUAAGUAACAAUUGUACAAAUUCGAUGACCGGACCACAUAGUAUUGAAAUAAAACAAAAACAAAGAAUGAGAACAUCUAGUAUGCCUGUAGAAACUAGAAAGCCGAGAUUAGCUGAAAUGCGAAGAGCUGCAAUACAUUGUGCAGAUGUUGAUAUUGAAUAUUAUAGACUGAGAAGUUUUAGCAUAACGUCACAUGGUAUAUGUAAUUUAGGGGAUUCACUUAGAAGUAGAAGAUCACGUUCAAUCAAUUCUGUAACAUCAACAGCGACAUCUAGUAGGAAUAACAGCAAUGCAUCUCGGACAUCUGAUAUGAUUAUUGAACCGCAAAAUGAAAAUGAAGAUAAUUUAGAUAAUUUACCAACACCAACUCAUAAAAUUGCAAUGCUUGGAUCAUCUGGAGUUGGUAAAACAGCACUCACAUAUCAGUUUACAACUUCAGAUUAUAUAUGCGCCUAUGAUUUGAGUUUAGACGAUGAUUAUGGUCAAAAAACCGUUUCUGUAUUAGUUGAUGGCAUUCAAACUGAUUUAGAGAUAAUCGAUCAUCCGGCUUGUGAAAUGUCGACAGAAGCAUUUUGUUCUACAUAUAACGUUGAUCUAUUUGUUGUUGUAUAUUCUGUAGUAGAUAGGAAUUCUUUUAAGUCAGCUGAGAAAAUAUUACAAUACUUAAAAGAAAAUGAAAUGUUAUUGGUUCGUGGAGCCAUACUAGUUGCUAAUAAAAUUGAUUUAGAACGGCAACGCCAAGUUACAAGACAAGCGGGUCGAAAAUUAGCAAAAGAAAUUGGCUGUAAGUUUAUAGAAACAUCAAGCGGAUUAGAUCACAAUGUUGAUGAAUUACUAGUUGGUUGUGUAGCACAAGUUAAACUGAAUCCACAGAGAAUUGAAAAUUUAAGCGAAAAAGAUAAACAACGUUUAUCAUUGGGUUCAAUAAUCAAUAAACAUCGUAGACUUGAAUUACCAAAGAAAAAAUUUAUGAAACAAGCCAGCAUAUGCAAGGAUGUAAACGAAAAAAGUAAUGAUCAUUCUCAAACAAGUAAAAAGAUUUUUAAAUCGGGACCAAUCAAAAAAGUUUCAAAACGUAUUCUUAAUCUUGAAAAUAUAUUAAAAGUUGGUGAAAGUGAAGUUGAAGAUGAUGAUGAUGGUUAUCGUUCAAAAUUAUCAAAUAUUGGUUCAUCAAUUGCAACAGAAUCAACUAAAUUAAGUUCAAUAUCUUCAACUUCAAAUGAAAUAAAUACAAAAAAAUCACAAUUAUUUGAUGUAGUAACAAAUUUAUCAGCUGCCACUCCUGGAACAGUAAGUGCCAUUACAACAACAAGUGGAUCUUCAAUUGGUUUUGGCGGAAAAUUGUUGCGACAUUCUUAUGAUAAUGAUAAUCAAAUCACUACACAAAAUGUAUCGAAUUUAACUGAUGGUAGCUGUAGUAGUAACAGUCUCAAUUUAAGCCCUGAACAUAGUAAUAAUAGCUGUAAGAAAUCUGUAUCAAAUUUAUCAACAAGAACAAAAACUUUUUUAAGUUCAGUUCUUAAAUUUAAAAAAAAUUUAAAUGUUAAACGAAGAAAUUCAAGUAGUUGCAGCGACCUAUUUGUUAUUUAGGUAGUUUUAAUUUUUUUUUUUUGUUUUUUUGAAGUUAUUGCCAAUCGUCCCAACCACACGUUUUUUAAAAUAGUUAUGACCACGAUAUAUUUUUAAAAUAAACUCGAAUUGUAUUAAAUUUUCAUUUUUGUUCAUUAAAGAUAAUUUUAAACCAUAAAUAAUUGCAGUAUACGCACCAAAUUUUGUAAAAUAUAUUUGCAAUUAACUUGCAUCUAAUUUUUAUAUAUAACCUUUUUUAUAUUAAAAAGUAGUUUUUUUCGACUUAGAUAUUUUAUAAAUUGUAUAAUAUGAAAAAUAAAUAAAGUACUACUAAAGCGACCCUGAAACUAUCAUCGACUAGACAUAAAUAUUUCAAAAAUUUUUUAACUUCCAAUAGUGUUUUAAAGGCAAGUGCUCCGAUACAAACAAAUGAUAUAAAUAGGUUUCGAAAAGAAUAUAUGUAUAGUAUUAGGAGAAAAAGGAAAUUAUUUCCCUAAAAUUACUAAGAAUUAUUUUUACCUAAAUUCUACUGAGUUUACUAAAUUUUUUUCCCCACAUUUUUUCAAAUAUUCGCCAUAAAUUGCAAAAUUCCAAAACGCAUAGUUUUCACCCCUUUUUAAAAAAAUUUUUAAAUAAUUUCAAUAUACUUGUUAGUUAAGCAUUUAUCAGUUUGUAAAUAAAACUUGAAUGAAUGUAAGGCAUUUGGAUCAAAUUUUUCUAAUCAACUGCAACUUCUUCUCAUUUCUAACUGUACUGCUAAGUGUUUUCAUGGUACAUUUGAAGAUUUUGUACUCCAAAUUCAUUGAAAAUACUUUAUAUAAAAAUCUAAGCUAACUUUCGAAAAUCCUCAAUAACAUUGUACUCACAUCCAAUGAGUUAAAUUUUUGCAACACGUCCACACUAUUUCAACGAAAUCUUACUUUAACAUAUUUACUUUUGAGUUCAAAUUGUUUUCGUUUUUUUAAAUCUGAAUCUCUAAAAGCUUUAGCACGCAACUAACAAGUAACAUUCUUUAAGUAUAAUUUUUUCUAAUUUUAUAGAAUAAAAAUCUUUUUGCACAUGCACAUAUUCUGCAAUUAUGGACACAAAGAUUUAGUCUUCCAAUCUUAAGCGACAUUAUUUAACAGUAAAUUUUGCACAUUUUUAUAAUUAUGGUAAUUUAUUUUUUUUUUCUUUUAUAAUAAAACAAAAAUGUUUAAACUAAAAUGAAAAACAACCCAAAAAAAAAAAAAACACUGACUGUUUUAUAAAAUUAACUUCGAAUUUCUUGAAUUUUUUGAAUUCUUAGUUAUAGUAAAUUUAGUUUUUACGACAAUAACAAUGUAGAAAAACCUAAAAUAUUUGUGUAUAAUAAUUAUUAAAUUUGCAAUGGUUUCAAAAGUUUUGGAAAGGACCAAAUAAAAUUAUUUAUGAAUAUUUACAUACAUAUUAUAUUAAGUGUAGAUAAAUCUAAUUUUUGAUAAAAGUGACGCAAAGCUAAUAUAAUGAUAACCUGUUAAUUAACUUGGUCAAAUCACAUUUUUCCUUUUCAAAUUGCGAAAGCUACUUGUACUAUAAUAUUGUGGCCUGUGUGAUAAAUUUAUUUCAAAUCAAUGAAAUUUUAAUUUAAAAUAAGUUCUUUUGCCUGCUAUUGAAAUUUCACGCUCUUCUAUACAUUUCUAUGCUGUCUAUAUUCUCUCAAAUUUUCUUUAAUAUAAGAGAUUUGACUUGCAAUAUCCAAACUUCAACAGUAUUAUAUUGUAGUCAUACUGUCAUUCAUUGCGUUUACAUGUAAUCCAAUAAUCCCCUCUAUUAUAAACAACGCUAUUGAAAUCGACCAAUUAAUUAUCGGUAGUUUUAAUCGGCUUUUGGUAGUUUCUUGUGUAUAAGUACCAAUAUCGAUCAAAAAAUUUCAAUCAAUUAAAAGAAGCUUUUUCAUACAAAUUUUAAUUUAUGUAAAUUAAAGCAAAAGCUUUGUUUUCUAAUUUUCUUUCAAAAACUGUUUUGAAAAAAUCAUUUUGAAUUUGCUUUCGAUGUGUUAAAAAAUUGUGAGGAAACGCACUCUAUUCAAAGACGACGUAUAAGAGGCUCAAAUAAUCAAUUGGAUAUAGACAACAAUUACGUACAUAUUUUAUUUUAUUAUAAUUACAUAACAUAAUUUAACAACUUGCUACGCUUGUAGCUUUAAAACAAACAUUCCUUGUCAUGGUCUAAACCUCCUUUAAUUUUUCUGCCAAUAGCGUAAUUUGUUUUUUUUAUUGUUUACGAUUUUACUGUACAGGUAAAAAAAGCUUUCCCAACUCCGAUAAAAUUUGCCGAUAAUCGAUAUUAGGAACACAAAAUUCUACGUAGUAAAGAGGAAUGCCAGAUUCUAAAACUACAAAUACUAAUUAAAUACAGAGCAAUUUUUUUUUUGCAGUUUGUAGUUGAAUCUGACGUAAACGAUUACACUCAUUUUGGCUGGACAAUUUCAAUUUUUAUUUUGCUUUGUGUCAGUUUUUUUUUUUCCAACAGUUUAAUACAUAAUAAUAUGUUUAAAUGCUUGAGUUAUUUAUACAUAUAAAUUAAUUAUAUAAUUAAUAGUAAUUAAUAGUAAUUAAAAAAUUGAAUUUUCAGAAAAAAUCAAAAAGUUUUGUUUUAAAUAA